UAUAAGAAGCGCGGUCGCCCGCCCUCGGAGAGCUCCCUAGCGCUCCAGAACGGUACUCACAGCCGAGGCCGGGGCGGGCCUUUGGGUUGGUUCUCCUAGGGAUGCUCUCUCCGAAUCGCCUAGGCCAACCCCGUUCUCCCAAAGCCGCGGCCGCGCCGCACCAGCCCUCGGCCACCGACAUGGCCCUGUACUGCAGCGAAAACUUCGUGUACUCACAGCCCGCCGCCGCCGCCGCUCCCGGUGCGCCCUCGACCACCAGGGCGCCCUACUCGUUUUCCGACUACGCCGCGCCGCCCGCCGCGGCCGCCAACCCCUACCUGUGGCUCAACGGGCCCGGCGUGGGCGGCCCGGCCUCCGCUGCGGGUUACCUGGGCGCCCCGCCGCCGCCCCCCGGAGCAGCUCCCGGGCCAUUCCUGCAGCCCCCAGCCGCGCCGGGCACCUUCGCGGGCACCCAGCGGGGCUUCGCCCAGCCCUCGGCUGCUGCUCCCGCCUCACCCGCCGGCUCGGCAGCUCCGGGCGAGUUGGGCUGGCUGUCGAUGGCCAGCCGCGAGGAUCUGAUGAAGAUGGUGCGUCCGCCCUACUCGUACUCGGCGCUCAUCGCCAUGGCCAUCCAGAGCGCUCCCGAGCGCAAGCUCACCCUCAGCCACAUCUACCAGUUCGUUGCUGACAACUUCCCUUUCUACCAGCGCAGCAAGGCUGGGUGGCAGAAUUCCAUCCGCCACAACCUAUCACUCAAUGACUGCUUCAAGAAGGUGCCCCGCGACGAGGACGACCCAGGAAAAGGUAAUUACUGGACUCUAGAUCCAAACUGUGAAAAAAUGUUCGACAAUGGAAACUUCCGUCGGAAGCGAAAGCGCCGUUCUGAGGCCAACAGCAACCUCACUGCAGCUUCAGGAACAUCAAAAUCAGAAGGGCUAUCCUCAAGACUAAGAGCGAGUGGGAAGCUGGAAGGAGGCAGCCCCUCCUCUGCGUUGAGGCCAUCCCAGUCCCCAGAGUCUCCAGCAGACGACGCCAAGAGUACCUCCUCCUCUCCUGGAGCAUCCAUCCCGUGCCUCAACACGUUCUUCAGCAGCCUUAGCACGCUAAGUGUGAGCCCCAGCAGCAUGAGCACCCAGCGAGCCAUCCCAGGCAAUCACCGCCACCUAGGGGGCACCCAGCUGCCCGCCAGCACGUUCCCCAACACCUCCACCCCAGGCAGCUCUCCAGACUCCGUGCAGCUGAGCACUGUGGGUGGAAGCAGCCAGCUGUCUUCCUACUACAGCCCGUUCCCUGGCGGCAGUGGCGGCAGCGGCGGCGGGGACCAGAGUAGUCCCUUCAGCAGCCCUUUCUACAACUUCAGCAUGGUCAACAGCCUCAUCUACCCCCGGGAUGGCUCUGAUGUGUAAACAGAGGAGCUCCUCAAGACUUCACAUGUCCACUUGAGAUCCGUUUUGAAUGUAGGCUCAGGAAGUCUGGGGUAGGGCUGAGUGAGCUUCAUUGAUUUCUGUGAGCCCCCUGAACAAUCCUACGCUCCGCUGCCUAUGCUCACAGUAACCAGAGUAGUUCUUAGACCCCAGCAAGCUUUUCUAGGUUUCUCUGGCUGUGUGCCUCUCUGGAAAUAAAAGGCACCUUACUCAGUAGUUAAAACUCUGUGAG